AUGAAGGGUAUUAAAAAGGAAGAAACUAAAUGUGCACAAAUGACAAUCUUUUAUGACGGGAAAGUGAUUGUGCUUGAUGAUAUUCCAGAUGAAAAAGCUAAAGACAUUAUGGUUUUUUCCACCGACAACUAUGCUGCUUAUCUAUCAUUUCUUCCAAGAAAUUCUGUCAAUAUAGUAACUUGGAUGUAUAAUAUUUUAGAGGAUAUGCUUGAUUUGUAUCAUAAUGUUUUGUUGUUUUACUUUGUGUUUUUUGCAUUCAUGACUUUUGUUUUCAUAUUUUCAAAUUUACCAAUGACUAGGAAAGCUUCACUUCAGUGGUUCUUGGAGAAAAGGAAGAAUAGGGCAUCAUAUCAAACAACUUAUCCAGUAGCAACCACUAAUAAGAGAGUUGAUGAAUCAUGGCAUGGCUCUUCUUGA